GAUUUUCCAAGGCCUCUUGCCGUCGCCUGCAUUUAUGGUAAAGCUCUGACUGCAACGGGGCUGCAACUCUGACUUCCAUGAUUACCCGAUUGAAUUUCACUUAAUCCGUUAGCAAUGCUACCGAUUGAUGGCACCAGAAAACUAUCUUUCAAUCGCUGUAUACACGAAGGAUAUUUGGUGAUAGUUUACGAGAGGCACGAUGUUAUGAAGCCGGUCAAAGUUUCUGGCGAUGGGGUUUUCCAAAAUCGGUUUGGUGUGUUCAAGCAUGGUGAUUGGGUUGGGAAACAGUCUGGCUCGAAGGUGUUCAGCAACAAAGGUGGGUUUGUUUACUUGUUGGCUCCGACCCCUGAGCUGUGGACUCUGGUUUUGAGCCAUAGGACUCAGAUUUUGUACAUUGCGGAUAUUAGUUUCAUUGUUAUGUAUUUGGAAAUUGUCCCGGGAUGUGUGGUGUGGUGCUCGAGUCCGGUACCGGAAGUGGGUCCCUCACGACCUCCCUUGCCCGUGCUGUGGCGCCAAAUGGGCACGUGCACACCUUCGAUUUUCAUGAACAGAGGGCUUCGUCGGCCAGUACAAAUGUGUAUGCUUUACUGUGAAAUAUCAUACCUUUUGAAUCGUGUUAGAGUUUUGUUCUACGCUGUUUUGGAAAGUCAGUGUCAGGGAUAUACAGGGAGAGGGUUUUCCGGAAAGGCAGAUUCAAUUUUCCUUGACCUGCCUCAGCCUUGGUCGGCCAUUCCUUCUGCUGCUAAAAUGCUACAACAAGAUGGUGUCUUGUGCUCAUUCUCUCCUUGUAUCGAGCAAGUACAAAAAUCUUGCGAAACAUUGAAGUUACAUUUCACUGAUAUAAGAACAUUCGAAGUACUUCUCCACACAUGUGAAGUUCGGGAAGGGAACUUGGGAAGCUGGCAAGACAGUGAUGGGAGUUUGGGGACUCGUAAGGGUUCCAAGAAGAGGCAGCGCCCUGCAAACAAACUGGAAAAUUCAAAACCUCCGAUGAUAAUGGCUAGAAGAAGUGGUGAGGCUAAAGGGCAUACGGGUUAUUUAACGAUGAGCAAUUGUCGAGUUCGUUGUGCUUGGUUUGGUUCGAUUGACCGAUCGUCUGCGAGUUGCUUCGACGACGAAGGAGAGCUUAAGGAAGAGAAAUCGCCAAGUCUAUUGGCGAAUGUUGCCUGGAGCUUUUGGGGCAGCAAUACGAGAAUACCUAAGCUGCUGAAUCGAUUAGCAGAAGAUUCAGCGGAAGCGUGGAUGAAUCCACAUAUACCUAGUACGAGAAGCAGAAGCGAAUGCUUUGAGCACUUUCGUUUUGAAGCCAAGAGAGUGGCUAGAAUCAAGAGCAUUGGUAUUGUUUACCUCUCAAGGAAGGAUUUGAACAACCGAUGUUGUGGUCGCGUGGCGACACUCCAUCCAAAAGAAUACGAGACGAUCAUACCCUAUGGGGUUGGAUCGAAGACAAUGCCAGAAACAUUUUCCCGUAAGAGGCCCAGAGACGUGUCAAUUAGUUCUCGUCCAUUUUCCACCACAGACCCCUUAUCUUCUCCAUUCAAGCGAAACCCUAACUUUGCGUUCUUCUACAAGAUCCCCUUUUGUCUCCUUCACCAUUCUCCUUCAUUGCUGUUUCCUUUCUCGCAAAGUCGCUCAUUUUCUUUCGAUUCACAACAAACACCUCUCUCCGCCAUUUAUGUCGGAGCUCAAGAGCUGGUACGCGAGGGAGUACAGCGAUUACAUGGUCAGCCAGAUGCCCCAUUUCUUCCUAGGGAUUGGGUCGAGCUGAUUUUCCAAGGCCUCUUGCCGUCUCCUGCAUUUAUGCAAUCUCUGCCGGGAAAUCUUGACUGGGCACCGCCUGUUUGUUGUACGGGGAUGCAACUCUGA